GCCGCUCAGUGCGCAUGCGCGGCAGCUCGGCGGCCAUUUCGGUUUGUGUUGAUUGACUGCAGGUUGGACCGAGUGGAGAGACUAACGACCGAAGCGAAGCGGCUGACUGAAGUUGGUGGAUCUCCAUGGAGCUCUGGAUGGUCCCUGUGGUUCUCACAGCCUCCAGAAGAACUAGGACUGUUCAGCUGCUUCACUUUUAGUCCAGCAAACCUCCAAUCAUCUUCAACUAAAUUAUGGAGAGAUUUGAAAAAUGUUGACGAAACUUAGUUUUGUCAACAUUUUAUCUGAUGUCAGCACUGUCUCCUAUCAAACAAGAUGAAUAGAAGACUGGAAAUGAGAUAAUUACGGGGUCUGCUGAGAUACAGGAGGAGCUGGAGGUGUUUCCUGUGAAGGCAAAGAUGCUGCUGAAACCUUCCAAGCAGACUUCAGUUGCAGCAUCCAAGAUCAAAAACAAGAUUCUCAAUAACUCCUCCUUCUUUAAGGUCUCUCUGAAGACCAACAACAAGGCCUUGGCUCUGGCUCUGCAGGCUCAGAAGGAGAAGAGCAGACAGCUGGAGAUGCAGGUGGUGUACCUGCAGAAACAGCUGCAAGCUCUGACCUUCGAGCUGGCUGCUAAAAAAUACAAGCACAGAAAACUGAUGUCCCUCCUUCAGAACCUGCACAGCAGCACUCUGCUGCACCUGGGCAUGAUAAAGGAUCUGAUCUGUGACCGUGACUCUCUGACACAACCAGGGGACCCCGUGGGAUUCUUUGAUGACAACAUUGAGGAGAGCCCCGCAUCAGGAAGUCCUGCAGCGGAGUUUGUGCUGUCCUCUGAGGUUUCAGCGAAUGUGUUAUGCUCCAGCAAACCCUCGAGUCUGCCCCAAAGCAGCAACGAUGACCUCACUGUAGUGAGCAGUGAAACCCCGGGUAACCCAGAUGCUGUGGAGAGCCUCUCCAUCCAGAAUGCUGGUGCUUCUCCACCUGCAGCCGGCGGGCUGUCCGGCAGCAGCCUUAGGGAAAGGGUGGAGCGUCUGUCACUCGUGCUUUCACAGACAGGCUGCGACAUGAAGUCAGUCCUCUGUCCACCAAACCGUCAGGCCACUGCGAAGCCCACGCCGUUUCUUUCUGGUGAAGCCGGUUCUCCCAAAAGGGUUGAUCUGGAAACAGAAGCUGAGCUUCACAGUCAGGAGAAAACUCUGCUUCUUAACACGACAAUGGAAAUAACACAAAGCGACACAGCUGAAAUCAUCACCGUGGAAACCAAUGCCAACAAAAAGAACCGUCUCUGUAAAAGGAAAGGCACAAAAGAACCUCCUGAAGUUCCUGCCAACACUGCUCCGCAAACACUCCAACAUCCACACCUGGACCCGACUGGCCCUGGAGCCUCUGAGCCUCCACUGCCCAAAACCUUCUGCAGAAAUACAACCGUGUCUCGCAUUCCCAAAAGAGCCUUAAAGAGCACGUCCAAGCAUCGUGACAAGGCCUCGUCUGAUGUGGAAGACUACUUCACUGAUCCUGAAGUUUCUAUGCCAUGGUCCAGCAGCCGAGACUCAGAAAACGCACCAGCACAGGAAGCGCAUGCUAACAUGCACUGUCAGAAGUCCAAACGCAGCUGGAGGGGGGUCUCCAGGAAAGUCCAAAAACCAGUAGCAUCUGCACCAUCCCAGGAAGAUGAGACCCUCAGGCUUACCAAGAAACCAGAGGAGGAACAAAGCCUGGUCCAGAAGGAACCUGAAGAGCUCCAGUUCUGCUGCGAAGAAGAGGGAACGUUUCAGGACUUAGAAUUGAUGUCUGGGGGCAAAAGGAAGACUUACACCAAACCAAGACGUAGAAGAACAUGCAUGUCUGUAUCUGGGAGAGGAGUCUCCAUGACAUCAGACCUGGCUCCGGUGGUACCUGCAGAACCUCAGUGUGAGGCUGAGGAGCUGCUGGCGUACACGGCUGACGGCGUCAGAGCGCGAGGGUCAGAAUAUUCGGCUCACAAGAACCGCUGCAGCUCAGGGAAAGGCCUGCUGCUGGAAACUCAGGAGGCUUCUGCCUCAGGCUCCACGUCUCACAAAAGCAAGAAGACCCGAAGAGAAGAAGCAGAAAGCUCCAGCACCAGGGUUCUGACCAACCACAAGACCGAUCACCAUAGCAACAAGAAGGGGAGACCUGAGGACCCAGCAUGCACUCUUUCUCUGGAUGAAUGUCUUCCCUGCAGCAGUCAUGGAGAACCGCAUGCUAACUCAGCAGUUCUGAACCCUGCUGCCUUUGAUUUCAAACUUCUGACGGAUCAGGAACUGGACAGAGAGACAGCCGAGACACAAACGGAUACCAGAAAUCUACGGGAGACGUUUGUGGUCUUCCGGCGUAAAACUAGGGACGGAAGGAAAAGCGCCGCCCGCAGCGGCUCUGUAGCGCUGGGCGCCCCUACCGCUCAGAGUGCGGGGGAUCUGCUGAUGGAUGAGCUGCCGCCGUGGCUCCUGGACACCAGCGGGGGGGACCUAGACUCUGACUCUGCCUCGCUGCUCGCCACGCCCUGCACCCUGAUGCAGUUAAGCAGGGGGGGCCUGACAGAGGAGUCUGCUGCCAUGAAGGAGGCCUCUCCAGCAAGAAGAGUCCUGACAACAGUAACCAACAUCACGAGCAGCCCGGACGGCAACCCCGCAGGCAGAGGCAGGAGGAGGCACGGCGUGGUCAGCUAUAAGGAACCCUCUCUGAACAGCAAAAUAAGGCGUGGAGAUAAAUUCACCGACACCACCUUCCUGAAUUCUCCAACGUUCAAGGAAAAAAGGCGGAAGAAGCAGCAGAGGAGGAGGGACUGAGCAUUAUAAUGAAGUUAUUUUUUGUUUUCUCUAAAGCUUCUCUUUGUUCAAAGUUGUUUUUUUUUUUGUUUUUGUUUUUUUUAUCCAACCUGAAGUGUUUUCUUUUUAUUGUCUGUCAAACAAACCAAAGUGAGCCUCAGACAAACAUGCUUGAUAAUAAACGUCAUUUGAGUGGCUAAGCUGCA